AUGCAAGAGUUCAGGGCUUUGCCUGUGAGAGAAUCGGGUUGCUUUCACCCUCUCUCAUGCACACUGUGGGACUGUUCUCUCCUCCCGACCCUGCCCGGUGACGUGGCUCCUGUGUGGUCAGGCAGUGCUGCAGAGGGGACCCUGGGCUCCACCCCCAACACGCGUGUGAUGGCAGAACCGGGCUGGGAGGAUCCGUGCCCUGCUCCAUGGUGUGAGCUGGACGGAGGCGGGUCAGGGUCCCUCAAGGGCAGUGUUGGCUGGCUCCCGGUCGCUAGUGAAAUGAACCGUCUCCCGAAGUUUAAGGUGCAGGGGUGUGUGUGUGUCCUGUGGCCCUUUGACUGUGACCCUGGACCAUCUCUGACAGGCAGGGGACCUCUUGUCUUGGUUUGCCCUGAGUGUCCAGCUGGUCGUCUGUUCCAGUGCAGUCAUGGGUGGGCAGAGACGGGACUGUAG